AUGGUGGGACACCGGGGUCGCGGCUCUCCUCGGAUCCCGAAAAAAGAGUCGGGCCGCCAAUCCACCCCACCCCACCGCCCGCCCCGGUCCAAGCCCUGGCUGGGGGCGGGGCUCUCGUUAGCGGAUAAAGGGGUGGGGAAGAAGGUCAGGGAUGCGACCACCGAGGGCCGAGGGACAGGUAGCAAGCCGCUGGAGGGGCGGGUCCCUCCGCCCUCUGGGGCCGGUAGCUCGGCUUCUAAUGCGGCUCUGCAGGCGCCUGGGCGGCAAGAGGCCUCAGGGGGCAGGGGAGCCGCACCGCGCCAGGAGAGUUUCCUCAGGCCUCCGCUUGCCGCCCACCCGGGACCCCUGCGGCCCCUCUCCGCGGUGGCUCCCGAACGGUUCCGGCCGGCCAUGCAGGGCCAGCGGUACGCACGCACAGGCGGCCAGGAGGGCAGAGAGGAGGCGUUACCAUACGCGGCUCCAGAGCUGACGGGGCUGGGACAGGGCUCCGGCGACCCGCGGCAGCGGCUGCGGUGGCCGCGUCCUUUAUUUUUGCUGCAGCAGCGGCGACUUGUCAAAGGGAAAGACGUAAGAGGCGGCGGCAGCGGCGGCAGGCGAGUCUCGCGGGACUUGAGCGGAACUCUCGCGCAGUUUGGAGCCCUCGCCCCGCCCACCAGGCCCAGCGCGGGAGGUGAGAGCGACUGGGGGAGGAGCGCAUGGGCGAGGUUGUUGGAGGACGGCGAAAGGGAGGGGGAUUUAAUAGAUGGGGGUGGGGAGCCGAGCUUCUGGGAACACCCCGCCGCGGCGUAG